AUGAAACAGCGUUGUCGUGGUCAGCGUACGUAUUUCAAACAAGAGAUACUUCAUGUAUGUGUCAGAGUUCUUGCGCAAAGCGGUUGCCAAGACAAUGUUGCAACACUCGUAAUUCUUGACACCGUUGAAAGAGGAGAAAACGCUCGUAAAGCGCUCAAUAUGCCAGCUAUAACGUCAAAACGACCAAAAUAUUACACACCGAAUGAAGUCAAUAUCCACAACACCCUGAAGGAUCUAUGGGUAUCAUUUUUAGGCAAGGUCUACGACCUAACGCCGAUGUGUGAGAAACACGCAGGUGAUGUUCUUUUGAAGCCAAUUAUUGAAGCUGCAGGAAAAGACAUUACACAUUGGUUUGACAAGAAGACAAAAGAUAUCCGAACUCACAUUGACCCAGUAACCAAGUGCAAAUUCUACUACACUCCAAGAGGAAGGUUCAUACACACUCCUCCUAAGUGUCCAAGAACAGACUGGGCAAAUGACUUUGGUCGGCCAUGGUGGAAAGAUGAUUCAUACUGCAUUGGUGUGCUUUCAGCUAAAACUAGAAGAGUCCGAAUUAUCAAUACACUCACCUCACAAGAACAAGCCAUUGAGGUUUGUUCUGAGGAAAUUCUUAGUGAAAUUCAAGACCGUUACCUUAAAUACAAUGCACAUGCUGCCAGCUAUACCUGGAAGUACAAUGGAAGAAACCUGGACAUGAACAAGACAUUAGAAGAAAAUGGAGUUCCCGAUGAGAGCGAAGAGUUCUAUAAACUGAGCAUGAAUGAUGAACAAUUUCUACCUGCCUUACACUUGUAUUUCAAUGAUGACUUAACAGAGGCAUAGACAGGAAAAAAAACCCCAGAAUAAUGCAUUUAUAUGGUGGUAGAAUAUUCUUGGACAAAGUUUUUGAGUGAAGGAAGGGUUGAUGUUUUGCUGUGUUGCAACGAGUCUGAAGUUGGUACAUGUAAUAGCAUUGUAAAUACAUGUAGAGUGUAAAUAGAAACUCAUUCCUUCAGUUGGUGUGUUAAAAAUUAACCAUUGGAAUUAAAUUUUGUUGCAGCAGCAUCAGAGGAUCAAGUUAAUAUUUAAUGUUGUAUGCAUCAAAAUGUUUCAGAAGUGUUUUUAUAAUGGUAUGUGCCUCUGAAAAAGAAAACAGCUGCCUUUUCCCACAGAGUUUGUUAAUAAAAUAUAUAUAUCAAAUAUGAAA